AUGGCUGCGGAACUUACAUCCACCCGUUUGAAUGCGGAGAACCAUCUGCUCUUGUCGAGUCUGGAGAUUGACCUACCAUGUUUCUUGCAGGACCAACCUCUCCUUCGAUUGCCACACGAGCUUGCACGACGAAAUUUCAAGUCCGUUCAGCGGCUUGUCGAGCGAGAGAAGGAAUAUGUCCUCCCCUCGCUUAAAGAGACCGCCAAUGCCUCUCUGUCGAAUGAUCAAACGCCCGAGCAAGCUCUUGCCGUUCUCGCCGCCAUGAUUUCUAGGAUGCAAGGUCUGAAGCGGAAAAUGGCGAACCUGCAUCAGGAGGAGAAGAAGAUCCAAGAGCAAUCUCGAAAGCGCAUCCAGCACUUGGAAAGGCUUCACCAGAUUCCUAGCCUGGCCGACGUUAAAUAUGACCAGUGGUCGAGAGUCCGCCUGGAUAGGCUCAUAGUAGACCAUAUGCUUCGUUCAGGAUAUACAGAGAGUGCCCAGCAAUUAGCUAGUGAGAACGGAAUUGAUGAUCUCGUGGAUCUUAAUGUCUUUGUGCAAUGCCAGCGGAUUGCAGAAAGUCUUCGCUGCGGGGAGACAAAAGAUGCCUUGCAAUGGUGUGGUGAAAAUAAAGCAGCGUUAAAGAGGAGCCAGUAUAACCUAGAAUUCGAAUUACGAUUGCAGCAGUACAUCGAGAUGGUCAGAGCGGGAAACAAGGAGAAAUUUACUGAUGCAAUGAUCCAUGCCAAAAAAUAUCUUGCUCCUUAUAUUGAGACACAGUCUUUGGAAAUCCAUCGAGCUGCAGGGCUCCUCGCCUUCCUCCCUGAUACCAAAGCCGAACCCUACAAGUCCAUGUACGCUCUCGACAGAUGGACAUAUCUUUCGGCUCUAUUUGUUCGCACUCAUCAUGAGCUCCUAUCAUUGUCAUCCCGCCCCUUGCUACACAUUGCCCUGUCCGCAGGAUUGUCGGCUCUCAAGACACCUUCCUGCCAUUCAGCCUAUACAUCCUCCAGUUCCAACUCGUUAUCCACGACGACUUCUGUUUGUCCGAUCUGUUCAACUGAACUGAAUGAGCUUGCUCGCAAUAUGCCGUAUGCCCAUCACACGAAAAGCUACGUCGAGAGUGACCCCAUUGUCUUGCCAAAUGGCAGGAUAUAUGGUCAACAUCGGCUGCUAGAAAUGAGCAAGAAGGUCGGGUGCGUUGAGGCAGGCAAAGUAAAGGAUCCUACAACCGGCGAAAUUUUUGACGAGAGUGAAAUGAAAAAGGUUUAUAUUAUGUAGCUAUGGACGCCCACAAAGAUCGACGGCCAAUUUCUCCCCUUAAUACUCUAAUUCAUGUUGGAAUGCAUUAUGGGCCGAAAUCCUGGAAAGGAUAAUUUGGCCCAUGGUUUCUAUUCACUAUCGUCACUAUCGGACGCGUCUCUGAGCCUCUUUUUUCUCGCAUUAGGCUGGGGUUUGUGGACUAUCGCGUCUCUCCUGGGUCCUGGAUGAUCCUCCUGCUUAACCUCAAAUACGAACAUUCUCGCGUCCCUAUCUUCGCCUCGCCAGCCACCUUUCCCUCCAUUUCUCCCUUCAAUAUCGCCGAGGGUACGUGCGUGAGAGUACUCGUUAUAGCAAGCCCAUGGAAACCU